UUUUCGCGCGAGGACGCCGGAUUUUCGAUGUCACGUGUCUUGUGUUCAGUCUGCAAGAUAGCGUGAAACCGCUUUCGUGUUGUUGUUAACUAUUAAAGGUGUAUAAACUACUAUACAUACUAUAAACGGUACCUACUUGUUGUGCUGAACGCGCUUUUAUCUCCACGGUACAUGCCUCCCCCAACAGUAUUAUGCGUUCGUAUGGGCAGCGUUGAUACUCGCACAUUUUAGUAGAAAUUGAGGUUUCAGAACAGCAUUAGAUUUACCCGGUUUGUAGCUUCAGAGGUUUUGACUUCACAGGACAACUUUCACAAAGACCCCUGCAAUGCUCAGCAAUACUGAAGUCCGCUUUGAUCCAAAAGAUGUGUGUGUGUGUGUAUCAGAACACCAGCACCUGCGUUAUAACCCCUUGCGGGACACGUGGGUUCUGGUAUCGGCCCAUCGGAUGAAGAGGCCUUGGAGCGGCCAGGUGGAGAAGGAGGAGGAACUCCACGUCCCCCGACAUGACCCAAACAACCCCCUCUGUCCUGGGAACACCAGAGCCAAUGGAGAGGUGAACCCAGACUAUGAGAGCACCUUUGUAUUUGAGAAUGACUUCCCAGCCCUUCAGCCCGAUGGUCCAGACCCAGGCUCAGAUCAACACCCAUUGUUCCAGUCCAAAGCAGCCCGGGGCCUCUGCAAGGUGAUGUGUUUCCAUCCCUGGUCGGAUGUCACCUUGUCUGUCAUGGCCAUACCUGACAUCAUCAAAGUGAUUGACAAGUGGGCAGAGCUCAUGGUGGAUCUAGGGUCUACCUACCCCUGGGUCCAGAUUUUUGAAAAUAAAGGAGCCAUGAUGGGCUGUUCCAACCCCCAUCCUCACUGUCAAGUGUGGGCCAGUAGCUUCUUGCCAAAUGAGGCCUCCCUGUCUGACCGCUGCCAGAGAGAAUACCUGAAAAACCAUGGGGAACCUCUUCUGUUACAGUAUGCUAAGAUGGAGGCAGAGAGUCAGGAGCGUGUGGUGGUCCAGAAUUCUGAUUGGCUGGCUGUGGUUCCAUAUUGGGCCACCUGGCCAUUCCAGACCUUGCUGUUACCGCGGAGACACGUCUUGAGACUAACAGACCUCACCAGCCAGGAGAAAGAGGGACUGGCCUCCAUUAUGAAGCAACUCCUGACUAAAUAUGACAACUUGUUUCACAUGUCCUUCCCCUACUCCAUGGGCUGGCACGGUGCCCCUACUGGGCCCCACCUUCAAGAGGACCAGUCUCACUGGCAGCUCCAUGCUCACUACUACCCCCCCCUGCUGCGCUCCGGAACCAUCCGCAAGUUCAUGGUGGGUUAUGAGAUGCUGGCCCAGGAGCAGAGGGACCUCACACCUGAACAGGCAGCUCAACGACUCCGGGACCUCCCAGAAGAACACUACAAGACCCAAGCGAUGGGAGGAGAUGUGGAGACGGUUGGGGAGAAGUAGAAAUUAAAGAAAAGGGAAAAGUAUGAAGAGGAAAUGAAGGAGGAGGAGAGAAGGGAUGAGGAGAGAAGAAUGGAGAGAAGGGAUGAGAAGAUGAGUGAGGAGAGAAGGGAUGAGUAUCCUGCCAUCCAGUGAAUCCAGGAAAGCAACCUUACAUUUGAAUUUGAUCACAUGAUGAUUAUUUAAGUUGCCUGUGACAUCGACACCUGAAUGUAUGAAUAACUGAGUGGCUUUCAGUAUAAUAACAUUUGAUGGAGAAAAUCUGAAGGGGAAAUGUAAUUAUUCAUUUUUAAUGCUAGCCUGACUUUUUCUGCUACACAACUUCUCCACGGGGGACUUCCAGAAUAAUAGCUUUUCUUCAUUAAUGAAAUGUUUCUGAAAUAAUAAAAAAAUCAUGUAUAUAACAAUGUCUUAUGUCUUCAAGUGGUUUCAGGUUUAAUUACUUAUUUUUACAUUACUUUAGGCUACCCAAGAAGUUGACAAAGCAUGUAUAAUGUAAAUUUUUACAUUUACAACAAAAAUCUAUUUUCACCUCUAGUCUGUGUAUAUAUCAUGUUGUCAAUCUUUCUGUCUCUGCCUUUUCUUAUGGUAUCAUAGUGAUAUAUUGUCCCAAAUAGCACACUGUGUCCUUUACAGUGCUCCACUUGUAUUUAGGCAUAUACCAGACCCUGCCUUCUGCGCUUUGUUAUCUGCAGUAUGCAUUCCUAAAGCCCUAUUAUGUUUAGUGUAAUAUUUAUCAUUGUGCUCUGUAUUACAGCAUGUUUAUUAUACUGCAGGCCUACAGUCUGUUAUUCUCUGGUCAAUUGUUGUGUUGUAAUGAUGUCUUAGUAUGUAUGAGACCAGCAUGGCAUGAAUACCUAAACUCUUAUUGGUAGUGAAUAUCCAUAGUGUUUUUUUAACUGUCUUAUCUGUGGUCAAAUGACAAAACAUUGAUAUGUUCAUGUGUAGAUUUGCAGAAACAUGCAUUUUUUAGAUCCUUGUUUCUUUGAAUGUUAAAUUAAAUGAGGAAUCAUCAUUAAGCAAGACUACAUAAGGCAGAUUUGGGAUGCAUUUAGUCAAGAUACUAGUCAAUGAAGAUGUCACAAAGCACCAAAAGGACAAAACCUCUGGGCAAUUCCAAACCAUGUGAAUAAUAGUUCCAGGAAUACGCUGGGUGCAAAGCAUACAAGCAGAGGUUGUGUUUAUGUUCAUCUGAAAUAGUUUUUUGGGAGGUAAGGUAAGUCGUAUGAAAUUAUAAUAUGUCAUUUGGUGAUUUGGGUUU